AUGGAUAUUCAUCCAGAACUUGUUGAGCCCCUGUCACCUAGAAUAUCUUACAAUAACAGCAGUAGUUACUGGAAAAGUGAGGAUAGUGGCUAUCAUACAUCUUUUACCCCUGGCUCACUAGAAUGCUCUGAAGUAUCUAACGAUAGUAUCAACUCCACUUUCAUUAAAGGACGGAUAUGUUUCAGAAGUCCUUAUCAGGUAGACUAUUUCAAUAUAUCUCCUGAUGACCUUGUAUCACAUGCCAACAUUGCAGCUUGUAUUAGAAAUAAUGAUUCUUUUAAAGAUUCUCCUAAAGGUCGAAGAGGCAUUAAGAGGACGUUUCCUGAUGAGUUAGAGAACAUUGAUAUCCCAUAUAAUUCCAUACCUACUCCAACAACCUUAAUAGCUGGUGGCUUGAGAAAACUAAAAUUUAAUGAUACUAAACCAAAAGCAUCUAAGAGCUUAGGUCACACAGAUGAUUUACAUGAAUUUUACAAUCUUCAUGAAAAAGUUCAUACUUUUCCAUCCACUCCAAUAAAGAAAAGUUGUAGAACAAAUUGUCACUUAAACAGUCCAACAAGCUUGAAGAGACCAGCAAAGAAGUUAAACUUUGCUAUCCAUUCACUCUCAUGUGAAGCCAAAGGAUUGCAACCUGUGACUAAAGUUACUAAGUCAAAGGCAGUGAAAUCUAUUCAAUUUAGACCUGAACAGAAAAUUGAUAUUAUUAAGAUGUUGUAUGAGAAGGUCAAUAUGAGACCUCCAUUAAUGAAGAUAUUUAGUUACUUAUCUAAUGAGGACAUUUUUAAUUUCACCUUAGUUAGCCCAUUGUGGCUAACAGUCUGGGAAAAUAUAAGUAAAACAAGUAAACUGUUGGAGUACAGAACAUUUCUCAAAAAUGUAGAGGAGAAUGUAGAAAACAGAGAUGUUGCACCAAAAAUUCUUGGAUCACACCAGAAAAAGCCACUUUCAGAAACAAAUAAUAUUAUAGUUUCAAAAACUCGACCAGCUAGUCCACCAGAUACACCAAGGACUAUUAAGUUCAAGAGAUUUACAAAGGCUGCAUCACUGGAUCUACGAAAACAAUUGUCUUGUGUGAGAUGCCAUCAACCUGCCAAGGUAACGGAAGAAAGCUCUGGAGAAGAAUGGGUGGAAUGUACAAGUGUAACUUGUUCUUACCAGUAUUGUAAGUUCUGUAAAUGUGACAGACAUCCAGGUAAGAAAUGCUUUAAAUAUGAUUUGGAUGGCCCUAGCCCUUCUAAACGGAAGAAAAAUACUUAUGCUAUCGGCACCAAGAAGAGCCGAAAAAAUCUGAGGCGACUGUUGUGA